UACAAACCGGUUCAGAGAUUUUUUUCUUCCCCUAAAAUAGACCAGAAGAUUUUCUUUAUACCGUAAUUCUGUCAUAUUUAAUCUUUUUUUUUUUCUUUUUUUCUUUUUUUCUCUCCAUGAAUGUUUUACAAAAACCCCAGUAAAAUUUCACGUGCAGGAUUUGGCUAUAUUUUUCACGCAAAGAAUUAGAGAGAAAAAAAAAGAAAAAGAAAAAAAAAAAAGAAAGAAAGAAAGAAAAGACACAAAAUCUGAUAUCAAAAUCCAUACAAGUUGUGGCAUUGAAAGCUCCACUCAUCUCUCUUUUUCCCAUCAAAAAUCCACCACAAAGCCCAAAAAUCCUUCUGAUUCUUUCUAUUAAAUUUUAUUGAUUUCAAAGGGUAUACGAUAUUCAUAUCUAUGUGUUCAGCUGAAUAAAGAGCUAAUAGUAAUUAGCUUGCACUUCCCAAAUGAAAUAUAGAGAGGAAUCUGUACUGUACAUACCAACCCAGUAGAUGGAGGUCAAUCAUAAUACCACCCCAAAGGAUUAUUACAAAGUUUUGGAGGUUGAUUAUGAUGCAACUGAUGAGAAGAUCAGAAUAAAUUACCGAAGGCUUGCACUGAAGUGGCAUCCUGACAAGCACAAGGGUGACAGUGCUGUUACUGCAAAGUUCCAAGAGAUCAAUGAAGCUUACAGAGUUUUGAGUGAUCCCGCUAAACGAAUUGACUAUGAUCUAAGUGGAAUCUAUGAGGUUGAUAAGUAUACUCUGCGGGAAUAUCUUGCUAGAUUUAAAGGAAUGAUACUUACCUGUAAUGGGCUUGGUAUUAGUCAGACAGCUAUAUGGACACAGCAACUGAUGGAAACUGAUGACUUAAUAGAUAAAUGAGGUUUGGAAUCCAUUUCCAACUUUACAAUUUGCUUUCCUAAUCAAUUCUUUUGACAUGCUGGUAUAUGUAAUAAGUCUGAUAGUUCUGUAUAUGUUGUUACAGAUUUUCUGUAUGAAAUCUUAGCUGAUUAGAGUUAUUAAUAUGCACACCCGGCUCCUAUAUGCUUAUGUACUUGAAUAUAGACCUGAUCCAAUUUGUAAUUUUAGAUCAAUAUGGGUCAAAAUGAGAGUGUAAAAUGAUUACUCAUGAUUUAAAGGCUGUUUCAUUUGGAUGUGA